AUUUCUCAAAAUAAAAAUUAGGCUCGAUUAGGAAUUUAGGCUCAUGAUCAGCAAAACGGAAAAGGGAAGGACGGGAAUGCCACUGCACUUCGUCUCCAAGCAGCUCAGAUGAGCAAGACAAACCAUGAAACUCAUCUCCACCUUACGUGCACGCUUCCCUUUCGCAAUAAAAUCUUGCUCUUCAUGCAGAAGUCUCGCCUAUGCAACCCAGCAACAACCCUUGGAACCUCCGGAACUCGCUCAUACCAUAGCUUCUAUGUCGUCCAUCUCUUCGAACCCCUGUUUUUCUCUUCUAGGUUUCUGCAGGAACUUCGAUUCUCUCAAGAAGACCCACGGCUUGCUCAUUGUACACGGCCUCACCGGUGAACUUCAAUGCGAUACUAAAUUGGUUAGCCUGUAUGCUUCUUUUGCGCGCGUUUGGCAUGCCCGCUUGGUGUUUGAUAGGAUAGAAAAGCCGGAUUUUCUUUCGUGGAAGGUGAUGAUCAGGUGGUACUUUUUGAAUGAUUUGCAUUCGGAGAUUAUUCGGUUCUAUUCCCGUAUGAGAAUAUGCGUGAGAGAGUGCGACAAUGUUGUUUUUUCGAUUGUGUUGAAGGCGUGCUGUGAGUUGCGCAAUCUUGAUGAGGGGAGGAAGGUACAUUGCCAGAUUGUUAAGGCGGGGAGCCCCGAUAGUUUCGUCAUGGCGGGUCUUGUUGAUAUGUAUGCAAAGUGCAGAGAUAUUGGGAAUUCUCGCGAGGUGUUCGAUGAAAUUCUUGAGAGAAAUGUGGUUUCCUGGACAUCAAUGAUUGUGGGGUAUGUGCAGAAUGAUUGUCCUCAAGAAGGUUUGAUUUUGUUUAAUAGAAUGAGGGAAGGAUUGGUUGAAGGUAACAAGUUUACAGUAGGGAGCUUAGUUACUGCGUGUACAGAUUUACGGGCUUUACAUCAAGGGAAGUGGCUUCACGGGUACGUGAUCAAGAAUGGUUUUGAAUUCAAUUCUUUCUUGGUGACAGCACUUCUUGACAUGUAUGUUAAGUGUGGGGAAGUUAGAGAUGCUCGUUCUGUAUUUGAUGAGCUUUCUGCUAUUGAUCUUAUUUCAUGGACUGCAAUGAUGGUAGGGUACGCACAGAGUGGCCACCCCAAUGAGGCAUUAAAGUUGUUUCAGGAUGAGAAAUGGGCUGAUCUAUUACCAAAUUCUGUUACGACUGCAACCGUGCUUUCUGCAUGUGCACAGUUAGGCAAUUUAAAUUUGGGAAGGUCAGUUCAUGGUCUGGGGAUUAAACUCGGGUUAGGAGAACCUCCAGUUAGAAAUGCUCUUAUAGAUAUGUAUGCAAAAUGUCAUAUGAUCAGAGAUGCUCGUUAUAUAUUUGAAACAGUUUUAGACAAGGAUGUGAUCACUUGGAACUCAAUUAUUUCUGGCUACUUCCUAAUUGGUUAUGCACGUGAAGCCCUUGAGCUCUUUAAUCAAAUGAGAUCAAAUUCUGUCUCACCUGACGCGGUCACACUUGUUUCUGCUCUCUCAGGCUGUGCUUCCCUUGGUGAUUUUCAAGUUGGUUCUUCACUUCAUGCUUUCUCUAUAAAGGAGGGCCUACAAUCAUCCAGUGUCUAUGUUGGCACUGCACUUCUAAACUUCUAUGCCAAAUGCGGAGAUGUGAAGUCCGCUCGUAUGGUAUUUGAUGGGAUGGGAGAGAAGAACACUAUCACGUGGAGUGCAAUUAUUGGUGGUUAUGGGAUGCAAGGGGAUGGUAGUGGGUCCCUUGCACUUUUCAAUGAUAUGUUGAAAGAAAAAUUGGAGCCCAAUGAAGUAAUUUUUACUACUGUAUUAUCAGCGUGUAGCCAUACAGGGAUGAUUGGGGAGGGCUGGAGGUGUUUCAAUCUAAUGUGCCAGACCUAUAACUUUGUUCCUACAAUGAAGCAUUAUGCAUGCAUGGUAGAUCUAUUAGCUCGGGCUGGAAAACUCGAAGAAGCCUUGAACUUUAUUGAGAACAUGCCAGUUCAACCAGAUGUUAGUUUGUUUGGAUCUUUUCUCCAUGGAUGUGGACUCUAUGCAAGGUUUGAUCUUGGAGAAGUUGUUAUCCAAAAAAUGCUGGAGUUACAUCCUAAUGAAGCUAGUUACUAUGUACUCAUGUGUAACUUGUAUGCUUCAGAUGGAAGAUGGAGCCAGGUUAAUCAGAUGAGAGAGCUGAUGAAGCAAAGAGGAUUGAGCAAGUCCCCUGGGUGUAGCCUACUGGAGAUGGAUAUCUGUGCUGAUAACUCAACAGCCAAAGUUGCAACUCUUCGGUAGUUAUACACUUCAUCAAACAUGUUUUUGAUGGGGUCGAGAAUGUGAAACUUAAGGUGAUAAGGGUGUCCCAACGAGUUCGGUGCUGCCACGAACUCAAAUUGAACUGCCUCGCUCUACUAUUUAGGAGAGGGCUCCAAGGAAUAACCUUGGAACAUGGCGCUUAAAAAUAUACAAUCCCACGUCUGCGAGGUAAACAUGUGCAACCCUUUUGGUUGGGGCUGGCUGGCUUGAUUUGGGGGGAAAGCCGAGAACUUGGGUCCCGACUUCAUGAGUUGGCUGAAGAUCCAAUUCUUGGCAUGAACAUUCUUUCGGCAUCAUAUCAAAUAAGAAACCCCGGAUAUGGCUUUCGGAAGGUCUUGUGCCUUUUACAAACAUGUUUAAGAACCGUGGUGUCAACAAGACCACCUGACAUGACUACCAAAAAUGACAUCUUACCUUAUAUCCAUGAGGAUGUAUAUUGCUACGCCAUGCAGUGAAGAUUUUGAAGUCAUUGAGAACUCCAUGGUUUUGUGAAUAGCAUAUCAAUUACAGCAAAUUUCUUGAACGGCAAUUGCUGAAUUUACUGUGGUGAGGAUUGACAAAAGUCAAAAAAGAAAGAGUAAUUCUACAUACAACCGUGAAGUG